GGGUGUGCAUUGUCCACUUGGUAUCGCGAUGUACCUCGCGCAAUCGACCAUGAUUUGGUGGAUGGGCGAAGCUUCGCGCACGUAGUCAAGCUUCUUGUGCGGUCGUAGUCUAGAAUCUCAUGGAGCGGCGGAAUGUGGAAGUGCAGCUGCGGGAUCUGCUCGAUUGUAAUGUGCAAGGAUCUGGUCCAGGAAAAUUCGAGCUCGGUUUUGGCCUGUAGAGAGAAGCCCGAGCGAUCGAAUUGAGUUGCGUCGAUCUCUUCAACGGGGUCGCUUUGCCUUGGGCAUGGGUGUUGGAGCCUUUGAUUCUCAGGCGCACUUAAAUUGGCGAGGUGGGCCUAUCCCGCGGAACAACUGAGAGUUGUUAGUGCGGGGGAAGUCUUCGGAUUUCUGUGUUCGAAUGGCUAUGGCUCUUCGAUCUAGAGUUAGGUCCCAAUUGUACACUUCUACAAAAGAGUGUAGGAGAAGCAGAUGUCCAUCAUGGAUUUUUGGAGCGCAGUCGGAUUACCAUUCCAACCAACUGACCGGCAGAGGGUACGUGCCUGAGUCCCAGCAGUUCUCUGGAAAUGUAUCUGGAUCGAAAUCGAGGUGUUUUGUUCAGCUCGGAAGCAAAAACAUUGCCUCAUCGUCGGCGGAAAUCAGGCUGGCAAUUCGGGAACCCCUGCAGCCCAGGCAUAUUUUUCAGAGGUCUUUUAGUUCAGAGACUCAUGUAGAUGCAAAAGCUGAGGAGGAUCCAAAACAAACCGGGAAAAACGUGUGGGAAUGGGAAUUAGCCCCUGGCGAUCUGGAAGUGCUAGAAAAUAAUUUGGGAUCGGCGAGUUCUCCUGAUGAAUCAGUAGGGAAUCUAUAUUUGAGAUUAGCCUAUGAGUAUGUCGUAACAGGUGAAAGUCCUGAGAAGAUUCUCAGGUGCGCUGAGCAAGCUCUCAAAAUUUUUAACAGCAAGCCGGCGGGAGAAGGGGACUGGGAAUCGGGGCGGCUGGGCUUGACCUACCAUAUGAUCGGAUUAACUUACAUCAAGACAGAGGAGUUUGAGAAGGCUCUAACCUACUUGCAGAAGUCGCGUGCUAUUCUGGAGGACUACAUGUCGAAACAACCCCCUGCCGAUCAGGGAACAGAGGAGUUGAGAAUCACAAAUUUCUCCAGCAGUGUAUUGAUAGGAGAAGCACUGUCCAGUAUGGGAAAGCCUGACGAAGCUGUUACACAUCUAAGAGUUGCUGUCAGGGAGCAAGAAGCUCUUCUGGGCAGCGAUCAUGUAAAUUUGGGAAGUAGUUAUCGACUAAUUGCCGAAACUUUGACGAACGCGAUGAAGUACGACGAGGCUUUGCCUUCUAUUCAGAAGGCCAUCGAAAUUCAUGCCAAGGCGAAUGGAGAUGAGUCCGUGGAGGUAGCCGUGGACAGAAGGGUCCUUGCCGUGAUUUAUAUCGGGCUUGAACAGCAUGAAGAGGCUCUAGCGCAACACAAGCUCGUGAGGAAAAUCCUUGCCGGGACAGACCUCAGUAGCCAAACUGUGUUCGUUGACAUUGCUACAGCCGACACGGAGAUCACGUUGGGGAAGUAUGAUGAUGCCAUUGCAUCACUGGAGACUGCAGUGAAACAGGUGGAACACGGUUCUGCAAUGCAUGCCUUGGCUCUGGUGAACCUCGCUAAAGUCCAUGAACGUCAGGGUAAGAAAGAUGAUGCGGACAAGUACGCCCAGCAAGUAAUCCAAAUCUUGGAGAAGAAGGUUCUUACGAACAGCGAUCCUUUGGCAGUAGCAGAAGGAUACACGGAGCUUGCGGCUUUGUACGAGAGAUUGACUAAGACAGAGAGAGCGAUCGAGAUGCUGAAGAAGGCACAUUCCAUCUAUGCCCCUAUUCCACAUCAAAGGCACGCCGUUGCAGGAACACAGGCACAAAUUGGUAUGUUGCUUCUCUUCACAGGAAAAGUAGCGGAAGCUGUUCCUCAUUUGGAAAAUGCUGUGGAGACUUUAGAAGAAACCGUGGGUGAACAGAAUUACGCUCUAGCAAUGGUUCUCAAUCAGCUGGGCGUUGCGAAUUUGGAGCUCGAAAGACUGGAGGAUGGCAUCACACACUUCGAGCGAGCCAAAGGAAUUUUUGAUGAGGUCCUUGGCGCGGACCAUGAUGAUACGAUUGCUGUGGCUCGAAAUCUUGUAAACGCGAACUUUCUACUUGACCGUCUGGACGAAGCCAUCAAAUACCAGGAGGAAGUUGUUCGUGCAUGGGAGAAGAAGGACGACGAAGACGAGUUCAAGGGAAUGCUAGGCGAUGCCCGAAUGGAGCUGAUGCAGUUGAAAAAUCAGAGACAGGAAACCUGUCAGCCGUGAAUAUGCCGCACCCACGGCCAUUAACCUUGGACAAACCGGGUGCAUUGUCAAUGAUAAGGCUAGCACCCACAAUACUAUAGAAUGUGACUUGACUAACCGUGCUGGUUAGGACAACUACCAAUUUUGAUCUCAUUGUAGCGAAGUAUCUUCGACUCAAGCAGGACGAAGAUUUUUGUUUAGAUUCCAAUAGCUUUGUAAAUGACCUUCGUCUGAGCUAAUAAGAAUACAGAAACGUUGUGAUUUGACUACCUGCUUGUUCUAAAAAUUCUUCAGCUUUGAAUCGAGAUUCCAGCUGAAUUU